AUGAAUUCUUCUGAGGAAGAAGUUGAGAAGAAGUUCCCAUCCACUAUUCAGACUAAGUCUGAUGGGUCACCUCCGAUUUAUGACGAUGCGGCUGUGGUCGGUGAAACGAUUGACAUUGAGAAUGGCCAGAAUGCUCUCAAGCGAAACUUGAAAGGGCGCCACAUGCAAAUGAUUGCCAUCGGAGGUGCCAUUGGUGCUGGUCUGUUCGUUAGCACCGGUAGUGCUUUGCGAGAGGGAGGUCCUGGCUCUCUGCUCAUCGGAUACUUGACUGUAGGUUGUAUGCUUUUGUUGACUAUCCAUGCGCUCGGAGAACUAGCCGUCCUCUAUCCAACAAACGGUGCCUUCUUCACAUACUGUGUCCGCUUCAUCAAUCCUGCCUGGGGUUUUGCGGUCGGCUGGGACUAUGCAAUCAGCUGGCUAAUUAUGCUUCCAUUUGAGCUCACUGCUGCUAGUAUCACUAUUAGGUACUGGCGUGAUGACUUGAAUAUCGGCAUUUGGAUAGCUGUAUUUCUAGUUGUCUUAUCUUGCAUUCAAAUAUUCGGUGUUCGAGGAUAUGGCGAAGUUGAAUUCGCCCUUGGAAUUAUCAAGGUCACUGCCGUGAUCGGAUUUAUCAUCCUCGGUAUAGUGAUCGACUGCGGCGGUGCACCAAAGGGCGGAUACAUCGGUGCGCGCUAUUGGCAUGACCCUGGUGCCUUCACAGAUUUCUAUGGGUUCUGCACCGUCUUCACAACUGCAGCGUUUGCUUUUGGUGGAACUGAAAUGAGUGGUCUUGCUGCUGCCGAGGCUGCAAAUCCCGCCAAAUCCCUCCCAAAAGCAUGCAAGCAAGUAUUCUGGCGUGUUUUGAUCUUCUACGUUCUCGGAACCUUCAUUAUCGGUCUGAUUGUGCCACACAACGCAAGCUAUCUCUUUGGUGCAUCGAAUAGCAAUACCAAGAACUCUCCUUUUGUGGUUUCGAUCCAAGAAGCCGGCAUAGUCGGUCUCCCAUCUGUUAUGAAUGCCGUUAUUACUAUAUCGGUUAUCAGCGUUGCCAACUCGGCGACUUUCGGAUCAAGUCGAACCAUUCAGGCUCUGGCUUCUCGCGGUAUGGCGCCCAAGUGGAUGGCAUACAUCGACAAACAGGGACGGCCUGUCUGGUGUCUUAUUCUUCAGAUCGCCUUUGGCUUGCUAGCUUUUAUCAACGAGGCUUCUUCUACUGGCGACGUUAUUUUCGAUUGGCUUCUGGCUCUUUCUGGUGUUUCCGACUUCUUUCUUUGGGGUAGUAUUUGCCUUGCGCAUAUUCAAUUCCGCAAAGCUUGGGCGCACAACGGUCGUGAUGUCAAGGAACUUGCUUACGCUGCUCCCCUCGGUGUGAUUGGAAGCUAUAUUGGCCUCUCGCUCAAUGUUCUUUGCUUGAUUGCCGAAUUUUACGUGUCGGUAUAUCCGAUGAACGCGAGUGACUUUUUUGAAAACUACCUUGCUGCGCCCGUUAUCCUCUUCUUGUUCCUUGCCUGGAUUGUAUACACUUCCUUCAACAAGGACCCGUCUCUUGAACGUGGGUACUGGCUUAUGAGACCUGAAGAUAUGGACAUUUAUACCGGCAUGCGCGAUGGGGUGCUUGAUGUCGACCUUCCACCUAAGGUUGAGUAUGCCACCUGGGGUGAUUAUUUCAAGGCGGCGCCCAUGAGGCUUUUGCGGUCCAUAAUCUAG